UUGUUUCGAUUCGUUACUUUAAUCAUAGUUAGCUAUGCUUUAAUGUUGGGCAUUCAUAGAGAGACUCCAGUAUGGGAGGGGGAUCUUCAGUACCAUCUCUUCAUGUGAAAAAGGUUGAGGAAGUGGACAAGACAUAUCAUUGUGUUGUAGAACAGGGCCCUCGCGAUGUUUCACGAAAUAUCAAUGUUUUGUUUGUAUGUGACGAGUGGGGUUCUUCCAAAGGAGGUCUGUCGACUUUUAAUCGAGAGUUCGCCGCGAAUUUCGCAAAAUAUUCCAGCAAUAACAUCAAAGUACACUGUUAUGUUUGUAAUAGGAACGAGGACGAGAAACAAAAUGCAAUCAAAAAUGGAGUGAACUUGAUAACCGCCAAGUGUCCACCAGGUGUUUCUGAUCCAAUGGAGGGUCUCAAAAGACCACCGGAUGAGCUUCGGUAUCCCAACGUUGUGGUGGGCCACGGCAGGAAAUUUGGUCUAGCAGCUUAUUUUAUCGCAGACAGCGCAAGAUGCAAGUGGGUGCAGUUUGUUCACGUUUAUUGCGAGGCACUUGGAAAAUUUAAACAAGACGGGCCUAACUCCGAUGCUAUUGCUGAGAACGACAGGAAAAAUAAACAGGAAUUAGAGCUUUGCAAAAAUGCAGAUCUGACUGUUGCUGUGGGUGCAGGUCUUCAACAGAAAUUCGAACGAAGAAUUAAUGGCAUUGAAGUAAUAACUCCUGGAAUUUUCGAACACUUUGAUAUUCAUCGAAGAGAAUUGAGCCGAGAUCGAACCAGAAAUGACUUCUGGGUAUUCAUGUUUGGUCGUGGAAGCUUUGAGGACUUCCAUCUGAAAGGUUACGAUAUAGUUGGAAAGGCAAUCGCUUCACUUGAAAGGAAAUUUAAAUUGACAUUUGUCGGCGCACCAAAAGACGAACACAGGAAGAUAGAGAGUUGGUUUCGUGAUGAAACAGACAUAGCACGCAAUCAGUUAACCAUUCGUGGAUAUUGUGGUUAUGAAGAAAUGGAGGAGAUGUUUUCUGAAGCAGAUGUAAUUGUCGUGCCAUCCCGGACUGAGGGAUUUGGUCUGAUUGCGCUUGAGGCGAUAUCAGCAGCGGUUCCUGUCCUCAUUUCUGUGGAGUGCGGAAUAGCCAAAGCAUUGGAGGAGGUGGAUGGUGGUAUGUCAGUGGUCGUUGAUUCAGAAUCACCCGAGGAGUGGGCCAAGAGAAUCCGCGAGUUAUCAGAACAGGCACCAGGUACAAGACACACCAAUGCUCUGCGACUCAGGGGAAAUUAUGGAAAGACACAUGACUGGAAAAGGGAAUGCAAGAAAUUUGAACAGAUGAUUCUGGAUUUGAUGAUGGAGCCUCAAAAGUCUCAGGUGAUAAAUUUCUCAGUUUCAGAUCCAAGUGGAAAUACGACAAAGGUAGAAGCAGUUAUUUCUCAGAAAGGAAACGGAUCAUUACAGACAGAUGCAGAUGGCAGUACAGUUUAUGCUAUCCAUUCAGUCAACCCAACAGGAAGGAAGAACAAAGAGGCAAUGUCAUUAACAGAUUUGGACACUUCAGAUAAAACAACAAAAAAAACAAAGAGAGGGCAGGAAGGAUUGCAGGCAGCAGAUCCCUGGACUUCAGAUGAAAAAGAAGAAAAAAUGGAUGGAGGGAAUAAUGGUGUGGAACCACCAGGGAACUUUACUCUAAGGAAUGCUCAUAAAACAGGUCCCUCUGUGAGUGACAAAGAAGCUCCCAAAGAUAAAGAUGGACAGCAGUCUAAUACAGAUUUUGACACUUCAGAUAAAACAACAAAACAAACAAAGAGAAGGGAGGAAGGAUUGCAGGCAGCAGAUCCCAGGACUUUAGAUAGAAAAGAAGAAAACAUAGAUGGAAGCAAUGAUGGUGUGGAACCAGCAGGGAAACAAACUCUAAAGAAUGCACCUAAAGCAGCUCCCUCUGCAAGUGACAGAGGCUCCCAAAGAUAAGGAUGGACAGCAGUCUAAGACAGGUGACACUUCUGCAAACCAAGACAUGGAGGCAAGUGUUGAUCAGCUUUGCUCUGCAGCAAGAAAAGGCGAUGUCACUGACAUUGAGUCCCUGCUUUCUGGUGGACUUUGAAUUGACUCGAGAGGAAAUUUGGACCGGACGCCACUACUGAAUGCUGCUGAGUAUGGCAAGGUAGAGGCAGUGCAAUGUCUGAUCAGUAAUGGGGCUGAUCC